AUGACUGUCCAGGCUUAUACCAUAUACCCAACCAAAAAAUAUAAUCGCGAACCUCCGCCAUCGUCGAUCGUACUGCAUGGUCUGGAUCUUCUCAGCUCUCCCAUUCAAAUCCAUAAUCACCGGUUCUUUCAUCCCGCGAACGGUGCUUUUUCUGAUGUAAUUAAUAACCUGAAGUCCUCUCUUGCUGAAGCACUCGAGUUGUAUCCACCGGUGACAGGAACCGUAAUAGACAAUGAAAAGGGUGAGACGUGCAUAGCCGUGGACGCCGAACAUAUAUUGGGUACUCCAUUUUUGGUCGAUACGAAAGAUACGCCAUAUACUGGCGAUUCAGAAGAUCUAUCUCCUCGUACUGAUGUGGUACUGCCUCCAUUAUCAAGCAUAUUAGCAGUGAAAGUGACUCAGGUAAUGAUCCAUACCGUUUGGCAUUCUUAUAUCCGCUCAAUCUGA